AUGGAUGAUAAGGGCUCCGUUGGGAAGAUCAGUGUGUCUUCAGACUCUGUUUCCACGCUCAACAGUGAGGACUUUGUGCUCGUGUCUCGGUUGGGCGACGACACACCCUCCUCCACUAAUAAUGGUAGUGACGAUGAAAAGACCGGACUGAAGGUGAUUUCUGAGGAAGGGGUCAGCUUUAAGAUCGUGGGUAAUGGAAGUGAGCAGCAGCUGCAGAGAGAGCUGGAGGACAUCUUGAUGGAGCCGCCCAUGUCUGACCCGGGGAAGGAAGGUCUGAGUGGACAUCUCAUUGUUUCCAUGGUCCCACCAGGUUGUGACCCUUUGAGCUCCAGCCCAACCUCUGUGGAAAUGGCUUUACCAGUGCAGACCGCUCAGGAGAGUGAGCUGAAUGAACGGUCAUAUCGAGGCGAUGAAUCGUCCUCAGAAGGCAGUCCCAUUAGCCCAAUCCCAGAUGAGGACAGUAUUGUGUUUAGCCAGCUGACAUAUCUGGGAUGUGCUUCAGUCAAUGCUCCUCGUAGUGAGGUCGAGGCUCUCCGCAUGAUGAGCAUCCUCCGAGGGCAAUGCCAACUUCCCUUGGACGUCACACUGUCUGUGCCAGGAGUCUCUGAGGGCACUGUCAGGUUAAUAGACCCUCAAAGCAGCACUGAAAUUGCCAAUUACCCCAUCUACAAAAUUCUUUUUUGUGUGCGAGGCCACGAUGGUACACCAGAGAGUGACUGUUUUGCUUUUACGGAGAGCCAUUACAAUGCUGAAAUCUUCAGGAUUCACGUAUUCCGUUGCCAAAUCCAAGAGGCGGUGAGUCGUAUACUGUACAGCUUUGCCACCGCUUUUCGGCGGUCAGCAAAAAGGGCUUUGAUGUCGCAACAGGCUCCCCCCCUAACCCCUGACAGUGAUCUAUUUACUUUCACGGUCAGCCUUGAAAUCAAAGAGGAUGACGGAAAAGGGGCCUUCAGUGCGGUUGCAAAAGACAAAGAUAAGCAAAGUUUCAAACUUCGUGCAGGAAUGGUUAAGAAAAUUGUUAUUUAUAUACAACAGACAUCCAAUAAGGAAUUGGCCAUUGAAAGGUGUUUCGGUCUUCUGUUGAGCCCAGGAAAAAAUGUGAAAAAUAGUGAUAUGCACCUGCUUGACUUGGAAUCAAUGGGUAAAAGCUCUGAUGGGAAGUCUUACAUCAUAACAGGAAGUUGGAACCCCAACACACCACAAUUUCAACCUGUGAAUGAGGAAACUCCAAAAGAUAAAUUCAUGUACAUGACAACUGCAGUGGAUCUGGUAAUAACGGAGGUAGAAGAACCGGUCAGAUUUCUGCUUGAGACACGUGUCCGGGUGUGCUCCCCGAACGACCGGCUCUUUUGGCCGUUUAGCAAGCGAAGUUACACUGAGACAUUCUACCUUAAACUACGGCAGAUGGAACGGAAGGAACGAAAGAGUCCCUUAGCUGACACAUUAUACGAGGUGGUUAGUUUGGUAAGUGAAACUGAGAGGGAGAGGCGGAAGACGACAACAAGUCCUGGCAUUUAUCUAAGUGGACCUGGAAACAUGGCAGCCUCACCUCCUGAGGAUGAUGAGGAGGAAGAUAAUGAUGAACCCUUACUUAGUGGCUCUGGCGAUGUUUCAAAGGAGUGUGCAGAGAAGAUCCUUGAAACUUGGGGAGACUUGCUAUCUAAGUGGCACCUCAAUCUGUCUGUGCGGCCCAGACCACUGCCUGCCUUGGUGCGUAACGGCGUCCCCGAAGCUCUGCGAGGGGAAGUUUGGCAGCUCCUUGCAGGCUGCCAUAACAAUGAUCACUUAGUUGAAGAAUAUCGUACUCUAAUAACAAAGGAAUCUCCUCAAGACAGUGCUAUCACCAGAGACAUCAACAGGACGUUUCCAGCGCAUGACUACUUCAAGGACACUGGGGGAGAUGGACAAGAUUCACUCUACAAGAUUUGCAAGGCGUACUCCGUGUAUGAUGAGGAGAUUGGAUACUGCCAGGGACAAUCCUUCUUGGCGGCUGUGCUGCUUCUGCAUAUGCCAGAAGAGCAGGCCUUCAGUGUACUGGUCAAGAUCAUGUUUGACUAUGGCCUCAGGGACCUGUUUAAGCAGAAUUUUGAAGAUCUGCAUUGCAAAUUCUUCCAACUUGAAAGGCUAAUGCAGGAGUACAUCCCAGACCUGUACACACAUUUUCUGAACGUGGGUCUGGAGGCGCAUAUGUACGCCUCCCAGUGGUUCCUCACACUCUUCACAGCCAAGUUCCCGCUCUAUAUGGUCUUCCAUAUCAUCGACUUACUGUUAAGUGAGGGAAUCAGUGUCAUCUUCAAUGUUGCUUUGGCACUUCUCAGGACCUCAAAAGACGACCUGAUUCAAGCUGAUUUUGAAGGUGCUCUUAAAUUCUUUCGGGUUCCAGUCCCAAAAAGAUACCGUUCUGAAGAAAAUGCAAAAAAGCUGAUGGAGCUGGCUUGUAGCAUGAAGAUAAGCCAGAAAAAGCUAAAGAAGUUUGAGAAGGAGUAUCACACACUUCGGGAGCAGCAGGAACAGCAGGAAGCACCCAUUGAGAGAUAUGAGCGUGAGAAUCGACGGCUACAGGAGGCCAACAUGCGCCUGGAGCAGGAAAAUGAUGACUUGGCACAUGAGCUGGUGAGCAGCAAGAUAGCUCUGCGCAAAGACCUCGACAAUGCCGAGGAGAAGUCUGAUGCUCUGAAUAAAGAAUUACUGCUGACCAAACAAAAGCUUGUGGAGUCAGAGGAUGAAAAGAGACGUCUGGAGGAAGAGUCUGCACAGCUCAAAGAGAUGUGUAGACGAGAGCUAGACAAGUCCGAAUCUGAAAUCAAGAAGAACGGCUCCAUCAUUGGUGAAUAUAAGCAGAUCUGCUCUCAGCUUAGUGAACGACUGGAGAAGCAGCAGACGGCCACUCUUGGGGAGCUGGAGAAGAUCCGGUCCAAAGUAGAGGGUUGUGAUAAGUGCAGCAAUCUAUUCAACAAAGAGGGUCGUGUGAGGGCCACAGUAAGCUCAGCUCCCUCUGGAGGCUCCGAGGAGGCUGAUGAAGAAAAAGAGGUUUUAAACAACCAGCUGAGAGAGAUGGAGCUGGAGUUGGCUCAGACCAAACUUCAACUGGUGGAGGCUGAGUGUAAAAUCCAGGAUCUGGAGCACACGCUGGGACUCGCCCUGAACGAGGUGCAGGCUGCCAAGAAAACCUGGUUCAACCGAACUCUAAGCUCCAUCAAGACAGUCACUGGGACACAGGGGAAGGAGACGUCAUAA